CGAGCUGUCACGCUGACAGCAUGUGAGGAGAGGAGAGCCGGGCACUGAUGAUCAGUGUGCCCUGAUGAUCAGUGUGGCCCCAGAAGUGCCACCUGUCAGUGCCCAUCAAUGCCACAUCAAUGCCACAUAUCAGUGCCUAACAGUGCACAUCAAUGCCACAUAUCAGUGCCCAUCUGAGCUGCCUUUCAGUGUCUCCUAUCAGUGCUAGCUAUCAAUGCCAGUCAGUGCCACCUAUCAGUGCUGCCAAUCAGUGCAACCUAUCAAUGACAGUCAGUGCCACCUAUCAGUGCCAAUCAGUGCCACAUAUCAGUGCCCAUCAGUGCCACCUAUCA